GGAGCGGCGGGCGCAGAGCGCGGCGGACUGCGCUCCGCUCCGCAGGGCGCGCACCGGCGCCGGGCGCUCCGUGAGCCGCCGCGGGGGCGGCCGGCGCUGCGCUCGCUCCCCGCCGCGGAGCCGGGAUGUGACUUGCGGAGGGCUGGCGGACAGAGCUGCCCCGCCGCCCUCGGCCGCAGCGGACAGCGGACAGAAAAAUGAAAACCUACCCAGCCAUUGGUUUCUUCCUCUUCUUCGUGAUCAGCUAUGGCUCUUCAGAAAACUCCAGUACUCCUCAGGGGUGUGGACUGGACCUGCUCCCUCAGUACAUUUACCUGUGUGACCUGGAUGCCAUCUGGGGGAUUGUUUUGGAGGCGGUGGCGGGGGCAGGUGUGCUGACCACAUUGCUGCUGAUGCUGAUUUUGCUGGUGAGGCUGCCCUUCAUCAAGGACAAAGAGAAGAAGAGCCCCCUGGGAAUGCACUUCCUCUUUCUCUUUGGAACUCUGGGGCUGUUUGGGCUGACCUUUGCUUUCAUCAUCCAAGAAGAUGAAAUGGUGUGCUCCACCCGAAGGUUUCUGUGGGGAGUUACCUUUGCUCUGUGCUUCUCGUGCUUGCUAGCCCAAGCCUGGAGACUCCGCAAGCUGGUCCGGCACGGGAAGAGCCCGUCGGGCUGGCAGCUGGCCGGGGUGGCCAUCUGCCUGAUGCUGGUGCAGGUCAUCAUCGCCAGCGAGUGGCUCAUCCUGACCGUGGUCAGGGAGAACAAGCGGGCCUGCAGCUACGAGCCCAUGGAUUUUGCGAUGGCUUCCAUUUACGUUAUGUUCCUGAUGGUGUUUACCACGGGAUUGUCGUUUUUCACUCUCUGCGGGAAGUUUAAGAAAUGGAAGAAAAACGGAGUGUGCCUCAUUAUUACCCUUUUUUUUUCCAUUCUGAUUUGGGUCGCCUGGAUGACUAUGUACCUCUUCGGGAAUGCUGAGCUCCAGAGAAAAGACAAAUGGAGUGAUCCCACUCUGGCUAUUGCACUGGUGUCCAGUGGUUGGGUGUUUGUUAUUUUUCAUGCCAUCCCAGAGGUCCACUGUACCAUCCUUCCAUCGCAGCAGGAAAACACACCCAAUUAUUUUGAUACUUCACAGCCGAGGAUGCGUGAAACCGCUUUUGAGGAAGAUAUACAGCUUCCUCGGAGCUACAUGGAAAAUAAAGCCUUUUCAAUGGAUGAACAUAAUGCAGCGCUAAGAACGGCGGGAUUUCGAAACGGCAGUUUGGGAAGCCGGCCUAGUGCUCCCUUUAGAAGCAAUGUUUAUCAGCCAACUGAGAUGGCAGUUGUGCUAAAUGGUGGGACUAUACCAACCGCUCCGCCAAGUUACACUGGACGACACCUCUGGUGAAAAGCUGUAGGCUGUAGAGAAUCAGAAUCCUUGUUGCAGAUGUUGUUCCCUGGCAGUGUGUCUUUGAGGGAAGGAAUCCAUAACAGUACCAGAACAAAGCAACAAAGCAUCCAGGAUCUUUCUAAAUCCUACUGAGGAUUUUGCCUAAAUGUGAACACCAUUGAAUGGAGAAUUGCAAAAACAAAAUUGUAAAACUGAAGCUGAAUCUAAUUUAUAACAGAAGUAGGCACACCUUAAAUUGGCGGAGGGGAUGUUGUAUUCUGAAGUGUAAGAUAUUCUCUUGUCUGUAACUUGUGUGCCAGGCAAGCCUGGUUUUGGUGGUUGCCAGUUGCUUGCGAUAUACCCUCCUCUCACCUAAACUUAAUUCACGUUGCCACAAGAGAUUGCCACUAGAGUGUGAAAACACGCAGGAUCUCUUCCAUGUUCCUCCUUUUGCUGUCAUUCCCAGGGCCAUGAGAAGCCCGUUUGCUCCUUCCCUGUGCCGUGCAGCCCCGCAGCACCGUGUGUAGUCACACAGCCCACGCUCGGUGGCUCGAUGCUCGGUGGUUGGAUGCUCUGUGGUUGGAUGCUGUGCACCCAGGGGUGCGGCUCUGCCGGGCUCAUGGGGCUCGGGCAGGGAGCAGCGGGGCGGGUGCAGCUCUGCUCCAUCCUGCGCUGUGUGCCGGGAGCCGAGCCGUGCCUUGGAGUGUUUGUGCUGUGGCUGUGGCCGGCAGCAGCAGUCCGUGCGGGCUGUGCAGGGAAGGAAGGCGCUCCCGAGCCGGGCUGGGCUGAGCCGGGCUGAGCAGAGCAGAGCGGUGAGAGCCCCCAGCCCCUGUUCGUACGAGUCCCCUCGACUGCAGGUGUUCGUGCAUUUAAACGUGGUGGUGCAUUUUAGUGCCUAGAGAGUAGAAUCUCUGUGCUGGAGGUGGUUUGUUGUUGUUUUUGUUUAUUUAAGGUGGUUUCUGCCCUACUGCUCCCCUCCCCAUCCAUUUUCUUGAGUUGAUAUAAGGCAGACUUCUCAAAGCUUUUCACCUUUGUUUUUCUCCGGGUUAUUUAAACGGUUCCCAUUGCCCAUUUGUUGUGCCAUGUUUUUUCAUUAUGUUCGAGCAAUCAUUCCUUUCUUUAACAUGUAAUACAUAUCGGACAUUGAAAACAUCACUGUAUCCUCACUGUUUGGCCAAUGUUAAUCUUAGCUUUCCUCAAUACUAAAAGCUAAUUGUUUUUACUUGAAGGCAUAGGAAACAUAUUACAAUUAAACUUUGCAUAUGCUGUAAUAAAAAUAUAUAUUUUCAAACUAAAAAGAAAAAAAUAAAAUGUACAAAUAACUGAAUAGCUUAGUAGCUUCACAGAGAGAAGUUACUUGCUGUAUACUGCAGAAGAAAGACAAGCUUUGUAUUUUUCAAGAGUCUUCCUAAUUCCUCAUGUACCUCUAUUUCUACUGAAUUAGGAACCUAGUCCUGCAGACUUGUACUCCCACGAGUAGUCCCAUGGACACCAGUAGGUCUACAUCCAGGUACAGAGGCUGCAAGACCAGUCCCUAAGUGUUGCACACAGAUAUAUGUAUAUAUAUAUGGAAAAAUAUAUAUUGCCAUUCUUGCCAUGAUCAUCUUAUGGGGUUUUAUUUCAAAGCCCUUCUCCUCCAGAAGCAAUGUUUUUCUGUCAUGCAUGAGUGAAGGAGUAUGUCAGCUCCCCCCUGCCCUCCCCUCCUCGAGGCAAAGGAAGCAUGUGCUUGUUUUAGGGAUCCUUUAUUUCAUUUUGUAUGUAACUAGAUGGCCAUAGUAACCAAGUAGGGUAGGGGUGGAUAUUGCAUGCUAUCCAGUGACUUAGAAAUACAUUUUGCCUGUUAUGAGCAGAGCUUUGAUCAAACAAGAUAAUAUUUAAAAUAAUGACAGCCACCCAGGAGACACGUAAUUUGGAACAAUAAAAAAAUUAUUAUCAUCACUUGCCUGCAGAAUUUUGCUUUUAAAAACCAGUUAGAAAAAAGCCCCUCAUAAAACUCUUAUCGUAAAAACAUAUAAGAUGACCAUGGCAUAAAUGGUAGUACAUCUUUCUUUUGAAAAGUUUAUCAUGCUACAACCAAGACUUACAAAUUACAAUACACAUUUUACAGACCUUUGACAAAAUCUAUACAAGACAUACUUAUCUGAAGAAACUUUCUUUUUCUUUUUCUAGAUGUGACUGAAUUGAUAAUUAGAGUUCCCAAUCCUGCUUCUGAUGAAGUUGUUUGGAAUUUCAGGGCUUAUGCAAAGAUAUGGCCAGAUCUUACAAACUGCUGUUCACAUGACUAGUCUCACUGGGUUAGUCAUGUGGACGAUUCAGUGAAUUAAAAAUUAGCAGGAUUGGGUUUAAUGUGUGGUGGUGAAAGUGUGGCAAUAGAUUUAGGAGGGUCUUUAUUUUCCAACUUUAUACAAUUAGUAAUGAGCAACUUCUUUUUUUUGUAUGUCACUAGUCUGUGAUGUAAAAUGCCCCAAAAUAAAACUGUAAUUGAAGAAAGGCACCUUUAUGUUAACUUAUAUUUUUGUUAAUAGUGUUUACUUUUGCCUUUUUUGAAAGCUUUCUAGAAUGUAGAGCAUCUGUGAACAACAUGAAUAAGUAAGUAAGCACAAGCCUUUCGCAGUUCUCCUAACUAUAAUUAGCUUUUAUACUAUAAAAGCUACUAUGUUGUCCCUUGAUAGUUAUGUGAUCAUGGUGUUUCCAUGCAGAAAAUGAAACCACAAAGCAUGUGACAAAAGCAUCUACCACCAAAACAAGAUUAAUAAUUACUGGGUUUAUGAUCAAUGGCAGGAAAAGAGUUUGAAGUCAUAGAGAUCCUGUCCUGCUUUCAGAUGGGUUGAGGGUGUUUGACACUUGCCAGAAAAUAUGUAGCAUCUUCAGAAGAACACUCUCAAUACAUCCAGCUGUUUCUAUAAACAAGGCACAUGGAAUACUCUAGAAUUAGCUGCUUUUAGUCUAAACACAGGCAUCUUGGUUGGCUUGGUUUGAGCUCGAUGCCUUGGGUCUAACUAAAGGCCACACACACAAAAGGGAGCAUUGUAGCUUUUAUAAUAAAACAAUUGGAUUAUUCUACCAACUUACAGGAUUACAAAGCAGGUGCUUUUUAUUAAUUGAUGAGAGCUAAAGCUCAUUUUUGAUAGAUAAUAUAUAUUUAUUAAAUGUAUUAACGUGUGUUUUAUAACGUACCCUUUUUUCCGCUGAUUGUUGCAUACUGGUAUCUUAUUAAGUACAUCUCUAAAGGAUUUUCAAGACAAUCAAUGUGUACCAUGAUGACUGUACAUAAGUAUACAAAACUACAAAGGUUGUAAAGCAUGGGCAAAUGUUUUAUUUUCAAAAUGCUGUUCUUAACGAGAAUAAAGGCUUUACUAUUUACUUACAA